AGAAGAAGGCACAAACCGUACAUCCGAGGGGGAAGACAACGAUGGCAGUGAGAUCAAUGCCGGCUCCUCCCGAGUGCUCUCCGCGGCUACCUCCCGGGAGGAGGAUGACGACUCCAGCAACAAUGCGAGCAGCGAGAGCAAGAGCCCAGGGCAGAGAACAAAGUCGAACCAGCGAUGGAUGAAGUUGCGGACGACGGUGCAGCUGAGCUCGGCGAUACAGAAGAAGCCGCCGCUCAAACGUGAAGACUCCUUCCUUAAACGGUUCUCGACGAGGCAGACGCCGCUCACGCAAGAAACUGUAGAAGACACGGGGUCUGAAGGUGCGACAGGCGAGCACAGAUCAACAAACAGGCAGAGGCGGCGCAAGGUCCGCGCGCCGCGCACAGUCGUCAACCCCGACGAGAACUUCUACUUCUACUGGCUCUGGCUGAUCACCAUCUUCGUGCUGUAUAAUCUCUGGACGCUGAUCGUGAGGCAAAGCUUCCCUGAGUUACAAAUAAUGUGUCACUACUUUUGGCUGACGUGUGACGGCAUCAGUGACGUGGUGUUCGCCCUGGACCUCGUCGUGCAGUUCAGGACUGGGUACUUGGAGCAAGGACUUAUGGUGUAUGAUUCGAAGAAGCUAGCAAAACAUUAUGUGACGUCACGGCCGUUUCUAUUGGACAUCGCAUCGCUGACACCCCUAGAUCUGCUGCAACUGAAGAUUGGUACUAACCCUAUCAUCCGCUUCCCUAGGUUUCUAAAAGUGUACAGAGCAGUGAACUUCUACUACAUAGUGGAGUCGAGGACCGUGUACCCUAACUUCUGGCGCGUCAUCAACCUGAUCCACAUCCUGCUUAUCCUGGCUCACUGGUUCGGCUGCUUCUACUUCUUGCUGUCAGAAGCUGAGGGGUUCCAGGGCGACUGGGUGUACCCUCAUCGUCCCGGAGACUACGCGACCCUCACCAGGAAGUACCUCGGCUCCCUCUACUGGUCGACCCUCACUCUCACCACGAUCGGAGACCUGCCGACACCAGAAACCAACGCCGACACGCAAGGAGGCCCCAAAUUUCUGCCGCGCCGCGGGCUCAAGUCCCGUCUGCUGCAGUUCAGGUCCAAUCGAGGGUACGUUUUCACGAUAGUGAGCUAUUUGAUUGGCGUGUUCAUAUUCGCCACUAUAGUGGGACAAGUUGGGAAUGUCAUCACAAACAGGAAUGCCAACAGGCUGGAGUUUGAGCGGCUGCUGGAUGGAGCCAAAACAUACAUGAGGCACCAUAAGGUGCCAGGUGGUAUGAAGAGGCGUGUGCUGCGAUGGUACGACUACUCCUGGUCCAGAGGCCGCAUACAGGGUGGUGGAGACAUCAACACUGCCUUGGGUCUGCUCCCUGACAAGCUCAAGACCGAACUAGCUUUGCACGUCAACUUGAGCGUGCUAAAGAAGGUGACAAUAUUCCAAGAGUGCCAGCCAGAAUUCCUUCACGAUCUCGUGUUGAAAAUGAAAGCGUACAUAUUCACUCCCGGCGAUUCCAUUUGUAGGAAAGGUGAGGUUGCUCGCGAGAUGUUUAUAAUAGCGGACGGUAUACUGGAAGUGAUAUCGGAGCAAGGACGAGUGCUAACGACUAUGAAAGCCGGCGACUUCUUCGGGGAAAUCGGAAUAUUGAACCUAGAUGGACUGAAUAAGCGUACAGCAGAUGUUCGUUCAGUAGGAUAUUCUGAACUAUUUUCUUUGUCCCGGGAGGAUGUAUUAGCAGCAAUGAAAGACUACCCAGAGGCCCAGGAAAUAUUACAAACAUUAGGAAGGAAACGCCUGCAAGAAGCUAAAAAUAUGUCCAAGAAAGUCAAAGGGGAAGUCAGUCCAGACAAAUUGUCUGGAGAUGACAGCACGUCAAAACGGAUAGUGCAUAAGCUGCGUAGCGACGUUAAGGGUAUUCGCAAUGCUAUACGCAGUAGAUCCCGUGCAGGACGUAGAUCAGGUGAGUCCUUGGAACUGCAAGCCUUGGCCGGCGCUGAGAGAGCAGGAACCACUGAAGGCAAAAUGUUGCGAAGAAUGCCAAGAGUUGAGAGCGAUGACUCGGCACAUCCACAUAACCAGGACGAUAACAAUGGUGAAACAACAUCUGGAAGCAAAGACGGUGAAAAAUGUAUAUCGCCAAUUGGAGCAGGAUUACCGUUGCUUUCAAGAUUAAAGCUAUUGAAAGAAAAACAGGAUCGUGAAGAAAAAGUAGCCAAACAGAGGCAUUCUACAUCGUCAGUCAUAUCGCUAAAUUCUCAGCCAACUCCUUCCACCAGUUCAGCUCCAGAUAAUGAACCUGAAGUUAUCGGUGCUGGUCUGCCACUUAUCCAAAGAUUGCUCUUACUCAAGGCGAAAGAAGAACGAGAAAAAAAUCAAUUAACACCAACUAUGAGCAACCAACCUUCAAGCUCUGACACCAUAAGUCCCAGUUCCAUUAAGAGUCCUCUUAGUCCCACUAUAAAGACUCUAAGUCCUAUUAGAAAAGGAUCAGAGUCAAGUUCCCCAGGUAAACUCCAAAGUCCAACCACCAAAACGUCAAGGAAAAAUUCUUCAGGGUCCAGUGAUGGAGCAUCACGACCUAAAGUUAGUUUUAAAGAUAAAAUAUUACAAGUUCAAAGUGAUGGAACGUCGGUUUGUCAACCACUACAUAAAGAUUUGAGUGAUAAACCUGCAGCAGUUGUAGAACCCACUCCAAAAACAGAGAGUAGCUUAAUUUCAAUUCCGCAUUCCGUUGUUAGUAAAAUUAAGUCUCCGGCGAAAGCUGUUGGUUCAACAUUCCGGGACAAAUUAAAACUCCUGCAAAGCGGGCCUAAAGACACGGACAGUUCACAUCCGGAGAAGGCAAAACCUUCAUCGAUAGAUAAAGCUCCCGUUGAAACUGCCAGCUUGCCACCAAGUGAAUCAAAAGAUGAACCAAAAAGUAAAAAGCCUUGGACAAAACUAAAAAAGGCAGCUAUUUUAGGUGACGCUAAAAGCCAAAGCAAAUCUAGUUUAGACGAGAAGAAAGAUACUGAAAGUAUAUGUACAAGUAGUGAAGUAAAAGAGGAAAGCAUAGCGGGGGCAAUUGUAAAUAUAUGUGUGCCUAUAGUUACUACGGCGGAGCUUGUUAAAAUAGACAAUAAUAAUGUUGAAGUUGCUAGUGAUAGUGAUAAAGAUAAACCUAAGCUUUGCUUAACAGGCCCUUUGGAACCCGUCCAAGAGAAAUCUUUAGAUUUAUUAACUUUAUCUCCAAAGAAGAAUGUUACUCCUAGUGCAGCGAAACCAGCCGCUGAAAAUAAACCACUUAUGACACCGGGAAUGCUACUGCCCAGAGUUAAAAAAUAUAGGUCUAUAGAUGAUUUAUCUCCUGAAUAUGGAGGAUUACCUUUCGUCAAAAAAUUAAAAAUAUUAAAUGAAAGACAAAAAUUAGCAGAAUUAGAAAGAGUUGUUAAAACUCGCAGUUCUAGUUUAGAUUGCACAAGUUCGUCAGAAGAUUUGCUAUGUGAUACACUAACUAGGAGUCAUUCAGAAGGUAGUACUAUGGACAAGAGGAAAUUCAAGCGGAAAUCCACUGAUUCUUGUUGCAGUCAUGAAUCGAAUGAAACAUUAGAAAGACGAACGUUAAAGUCAAUUCUUAAGAAAUUAUCUGAAGAUGUUACGCCGGCCGAGAGUCCAGAACGAAGUAAUGAGUUAAAGAGGUUGAUUCGGGCUCCUACAUUGGAAGGGUAUGCAGCAAGACAUUCAAAGUUUGCUAAGAGCGUUACCUUUCAUCGUCACACACUACCUUCUCCCCCUGGCAGUGCUCCAGCAGAAAUCCAAAAUGAUGAUGUUUUCCAAAUGCCUGAAGUAAACCCCAACCUUAUCCCACAAAUAUCUCCACCAUUAGCAACGGAAAUAGAAGCCACUCCUGUCGAAGUACCCAACAACCAAAUUACAAGGUCUGCUGAAGAAACUGUGCCUCCAGAUCUUGGCUUGAAUAUAAGGACUGAGUAUGAGUUGCAGCAAAACAUUGAUCCGAUGUAUGAUUUAAAAUCUUUAAGACCCGAAGAUAUUAAAGUGCCUUCUGAGAAACCUAAGCUUACUUUGAUAUCAGCUGUUGCUAAUCAAAGAAAGUUAUUACGAGGCUCGAUUGAAGAACAAGAAUAUUUUGGUGAGGUGCUAUUAGGUAUCAAACAAGUUAUCCAAGGUCAUUUACAUGAUGUCCAGGGAAAGUUUCAAGAAAGAUUCGUUAGUUUAGAAAAUGAAGUCCGAAAACGGGAUGAAAUCAUAACACAACUACAGAAGCGUAUACAAGAACUAGAAACUGGUAAUGUGGAAGGUAGUGCGAGUCCCACGAUAGAUCAACCUGAUGGGCAACCAGCUGUGGUUGAUGCAGAAGGAAUUUCUAACAGUCAGGGUCCGUCUAAGAAUGGCAGCUCUGGAAGUGACGACGCAUCAGGUGUGGAAGAAGGAUUCAUGAGGGGUGACUCAUUAGAUACUGUAUUUGCAACAUCACCACCAACGGCAAGUGCUGAUGAAGCAGAGAAAGAAAAAACACCAGAUAAUGAAAAUGCAGUAGCAAAAGACGAAUCGCCCGAAGAUCUGUCUGAGGAAAAACUAACAGAACUGACUGAAGGAAUUGAACUAUCAAAAUUAUCGUAUGCAGAAUUACAAAACUUAGCAGUGUCUUUGUCAAGAGCGGAUAAAGCAUCGUUUAGUAAAGAGCAGUGGACUGUUAGCAAAUCAAAGAGGUUAGAUCUCAAUCUUGAUGGAAAAGCUGGAACGUAUUCGAGAAAGCGGGCAGCGAAGUUGAGACAGCGCAAAUCUUGGGAAGAUCAGAGUGAUCAGGAGAGUAUGGAGAUGCAAGACUUAACGAGACCACUAUCUCCGCACACAACAUCAGAAGACCGUUCACUUCUCAGCCCCGAGCAAUCAAGUCUCCGGUCAAGCAGACGACACUUCUCCUUCUUUGGAUCCCACCUCGAUCACACCAAGUCAAAGAUCAAGAAAACUCUCUCUGUCGACACCGGGAUGCAUCAUACUGGGAAAAAUGAUAGGAGUUGUUUUCCAGAAGGCCGGUCGCGUCAGCAUCGUAAGUUCAGUCUCGGGUCCUUGUUCCAUCGCACGUCGUCACAUAAGCAGACGAUAGACUGCAGCGAGGUGGUGCUCGAUAUGGGCAGUGACUACAGCUGGAGUGAUGCUGGUUCAACAUCAUCAAGCAGCGACUCGGAGUCGUUGCCGCGCACGCCGAUGUUUGAAGAGUUUGUGGAGAACAGCUCCCGAAGGUGUAGAGCCAGCAGCUCCAGUCAUGGGAGCUCAUCACCUAUUAGAGGUAAUAGAGCUCUACCUGGGAGCGGAGGUGACUGGGAAGUCAUGAUGUUAGCUGACGAGCUGGAGAAGCGAGAGAGGGAAAAGGAGAGAGAGGACGCCAGAAGACAUCUUUACCCCACCACGCUGAGAGAUUUGGAAGAAGAGUCGGAUACCCCACAAAGAGAUGACAGUCCGGACGAGUACUCCAACAUAGAGGACUCGAACUCGUCAUCCACCACGCACCUCCUCUCCCAGUCUAUCAGCGAGACCUCGCAGCGGUCACUAGAAACCUCCUUCACUGAACAGAGCAGAACGAGUCGGGAGCCCCGGCAAAUACGGGGCGGAUCUGUUGGAGAACAGGCUCGACCCGACGCGACGUUCCGUCAGUCCCGCGGUCUGAUCCUGCGCGCGGCGAGCCUGGACCGCGAGCCGGCGGCCGCCUCCUCGACACACGCCGCGCGACGCUUCGGCUCCCUCAAGAGCGCCAGCACCGACUCGCACAAGAGACUCUGA